AUGGCGACGAUGGUAAUGCCGCCUAUGCCGGCGACGCUCUUCCGCAAGGUGCGACCGCUCGAAGACUCAACACAGCGCAACCAGCUCUGCGCCAAGCGACCGAUCCGACCAAGCCAGGUCCUCACAGUCAAGACGCCUUCCGCGAGAGCCUCGACGUUCCCAGCAGCACCUGCCACCACCGCCGCCGCCGUACCCGAGCCCCGCCACUACCCCAAGCUUCACCUGGGCAUGUUCGAGAUCGGCAAGCCCCUCGGCAAGGGCAAGUUCGGGCGGGUGUACCUCGUGCGGCACCGGACGUCCGGCUACGUGUGCGCCCUCAAGGUGCUCAACAAGGAGGAGAUCACCGCCGAGGGCGCCGAGGCGCACGUGCGGCGCGAGAUCGAGGUGCACAGCCGCCUGCGGCACCCCUCCGUCAUCGGCUUCCACGGCUGGUUCCACGACUCUCGGCGCGUCUUCAUCGUGCAGGAGUUCGCCGCCGGCGGCGAGCUCUUCAAGUCGCUGCGGCGCGUCGGCCGCUUCUCCCAGCGCCGCUCCGCCCGGUACGCCGCGCAGGUCGCGCAGGCGCUCGCCUACCUGCACGCGCGGCACGUCAUGCACCGCGACCUGAAGCCGGAGAACGUGCUGGUCGGGCUGCGUGGGGAGCUGAAGCUGGCGGACUUUGGGUACAGCGUGCACGCGCCGGGGAACCGCCGCGAGACGCUGUGCGGCACGCUGGACUACCUGCCGCCGGAGAUGCUGAGCCAGCGGAGGGUCUCGUACUCGCGCGCGGUGGACCAGUGGACACUGGGUGUGCUGACGUACGAGUUUUUGACGGGCGAGGCGCCGUUUGAUGAUCAACCGCACAUGACGAAGAAGAGGAUCGUUGCGGGGGACAUGAAGCCCCUGCCGGCGUCGAUAGGUCCGGAGGCGCGGGACUUUGUCCAUUCGGUGAGUCCCGGCACUGUGGUUUGA